ACACAAAUGUGUAUAGUUAGUAGUCAAAGCAAGCAAGAACAUAAAAUAAAAAAUCGUGUAUAACUACAAGUACGUACAUAACUUAAAAUUUUUACACUAAACGACCAAAAAUUAUCGUUUAGAUUCAUAUCCAUUUAUAAGAGCUUAAUAAAAAAGUAAAGCAUAAACCGGUGGUUUAAAUUUUCCAAUCCUACCAUGGAUUCUCUUGCAAAUUAUUGCAGUGAUGGGGAAAAUAGCAACGAUUCAGGCGACGCUCACCCAUCAAAUGAAAAAAAGUGUCGUAUCCGUGAAAGAAAAGCCAGUGACGUCAACUACGAUCCAGUUCAAAUGGAUAUGAGUGAGGAGAGUAACAACAAUAACUCUUUUGAUGAUUCGGAUAACGAUGAAAGAACUUCCAGUCCACCGAUAUUGAAUCACCAGGCAUCGAGUGCUGUAAAAUCAGAUUCAACACGCUCUCGUCCCUCUCCCUCAGACCAGAGGCGUGCAGACCAUGAUAGUUCAAAAUCAAAUUGGCAAGGAGAUCUCAAACGGUCUGAUAAAAAUUAUCGAAUACGAAAUUCGGAAGAAAAAUGUCACCGAUCAUCAAAUGACAGAAAACAUCGCGAUUACGAUUAUAAAGAUUCUAAAAAAUCUCGAGACGAUGAUAGAAGACAUCGUGAUGAAGAUCGUCGAGAUCGUAGAGAUAGAAAUUCAUCUAGCCGACAUUCUUCGGGAAGAGAAGACAGACAAGAUGAGCAAAACAGGCGGUCAAAAUAUAGAGAUCGAGAUCAAAGGCAUUCUAGAAGUGAUAGAACAAAAGACCGUUAUCGAGAUGACCGUUCCUCAUAUCAAAAAGACAAAGAUCGUGCAAGGUCUCGAUCGAGAUCGAAAGAACGUUCAUCAUUACCUUCUCGUUCAUUGAAUUAUCGUGAAGAAAAAGGAAGAAGUAAAUUAGCACAGUUAGAAAAACUUGGUAUUGAAUUGAAAACUCCAGAAUGUACAGCAAAUAAUCCAACUGUCCAUAGUGAACAAAGUUUUUAUAAUCCACUGACAACUGCAACUCAGGGGAAAUAUGCCGAGCAAAUUCAAAAACGUAAACUUUUGUGGGCAAAUAAGUCAAAACAAGAAGAAGGUAAAAGUACGCCUGCAGUCAGUUCAAAUACAUGGAUAGGAACGACAUUUACUCAUGAUCAAGAUGGAAAACUUUCAGCUAAAUUUAAACGAUUGAUGGGUAUUAAAAAUGAAGUACUUACUGCACCAACGGCAGGACAAAAACCUGAAAUUUUAAAGAAACAAGAAGAAAUGUUUAAUAAUAUGGAACAACAGUACGAAGUUGCUCGCGCAACAACACAUACUCAACGUGGUGUUGGUCUCGGUUAUGCUAGCAGUGGUUAUCAAUUUCCUAGAUAGUUUGUUUGAUUUUUUUUUUCUUUUUUUUUUUUUUUUUUUU